UUUAUGAAAUUGUAAUUUUUAAGAUAAAAAAAGAAACUGACUUUGUGCCUCUUUUUCGAGCAACUUCGCCAAAUGGCAUACAACAGAUACUGGCCUGUAGUUUGUCAUAUCAUCCAAAUCCCCUUUACCUUUAUAAAUUGGAGUGGUUCCAGCGAUCUUCCAGUCAUCUGGUAUAGAUCCGCUAGACGGGCUUUCAUUAAAGAUUACACUCAAUGAUGCACUUAUAAAAGGAGCCGCUAUACUUAAUAGUUUGGUAUAUAAAUUUAAAAUGUCGAGAUUAGAGCCACUCGGCAACUGUGAAAGGAUCUUUGUUACCUUUUCACCAGUGACACACUGGAAUGUAAAGGUAUAGAUGGUGUCAGGAUGAUUCCAAACAAAAGCAUCGUUUUUAAAUGAGUCUGAAAUCUUGCCAACAUUCAUAAAAAAAUAAGAAAUCGUAGUCGGGGUUCAAUUGUAUUUCCUAUGGCGCUUUUGUACUGGGGAAAUCUAAACGGUUCAAACCAAAAUUACAAGCACGGAGUUCUUUUGCGAUAUUUUCUUUGAUCCUUGGUUUUGUGUAAAAGUAAGGAUACCAUUGUCAAGCAAUUGUCUUGGCCUUUCCAACCAUGUAUUUUAAUAGCAAUGAACAUGUUGUAAGGCUGGAGAACCAAGUGCGAAAAUUCUAGUAAACUUUGAAGUCGAUUUUCUCUGAAAUGGGUUUUCAAAGUCGUAUGUGGAUACGACGGUUCGGAUGAUAGCCGACGAGUUAUUGAUUUUUGCCGUUGAUAAAACAUUUUUCAUCAAAAUUAAGGUCUAUGAAUAUUGAUGAAAUAAUCAUAAUUCAGUAAUUAACACCGCGGUACAAUUUCAUCACAAAGUAAGAGCAACGUAGUAAAUUCGAGCCCGGUUUACUGGGAAUAGUACAUUGAGCCUAUGGGAUGAGGGCCCCUCACCCUUUAUCUAUCCAAACAUAGAUCAAUACUGUGUCAUAGAUUUUGCCUAACUCUAUGGCUCAAACCCACUAAUAACACUUGUGCCUAACAUUGCUUUCUGUGUGUUCAUUCUGCUCGUGGUGUUAAUGACUGAUUUGUUAGUGACUUGUUAGCACUAACAACACUUUCAUGCACUGCUAGCGUUUCUAUCCCGCCGGUACUGGCAGAUUUAAAUACUGCAGUGGCUUCUUCACGUGCGAAGGUGGUGAUUCCCUCUAUAUACGGGACCCAUAUUUAACAUGCUAUCCGAGGUACGAGUCGUUUUCCGGUAUAACAUAGGCGACAUCUAUGGACCGCAGAGGAGAGGUCCGUUUACACGCAAGGCAGGCUUUACUAAUUGGAACAGAAUUAAUUUCACUGCAGUGCAUUUCUUUGAGUUUGACCGAGGAGCAUACUAAGAGUGCCCAAAAAUAAAAUUUUUACCUAUUCAGAAUUUAAAAAAGCACAUUUCACUCAUUACAAGUUCCGAGGUCGGAUACAUAAAACGUAUGGGAUAUCAUAUGAUAAAGUUUACACUUGUUCAACAACAGGUAUCAAGAGAUAGCUUACCCACACAAUAUUUAAUAUGCAGAAGUCAAUAAAAAAAUCCAAAAUUAAUAGUUAUUUGUUGAAUAUCAUUGAUAAAAUUGAAAUGUAAACUCCAACCAACUCGAAUCAUUUAAAUCAUCAUUACGCACACAGCUUUCUUGACAACACUCGCGCAUAACGGCGGCAUAUAUAACAAAUCUUUCUCUUCGGAGAUUCUUCGAAUGUUGUUAGUGGCCGAUUUGUACAUGUUUUAAGUGACUUGCUAGCGCUAACAAACCUACCACGAACAUUGCUUCGGUGACCACCAUCGUUUGCUGCCACCGAUAACGUUGGAACAGUUAUCAUCGGACAUAUCUGCGGACUGAUUUCGAUAAAUAAUAACACUGACAAUUCUUUCUGAUCCCACUAAUGCCGAGCAAUUGGGCAAUUUUUCCCUGUCUGCCUCAUCAUGGCCGUAUUGAAUAUUUCACGACGUAAAUCAUUGAUGCUUUUGAUAAACGUUUUGGGCAUAAUUGGAUUAUUCAUCUUCCAAAGUAUAUGGUAUCAAGAAGUACAUAUGGAAAGUUUGAUAAUGCCAAGAAGUGCAAUUAACAAAAGCGUGAUUAAAAAUAUGCAUGCAACCGACAUAUCUCAUUCAGAACGAAGAACUUCGAUGCCCCUCCUCGGUUGGAGGAAAAAUGUAAACUGGAGACCAGGAGCUAAGUUAGAUAUAUAUAAUUUUCUUAUCAACCCUGUUGAAAAAUGCAAGAUCGGAAAGGACAACAAUAUCACGUUACUUGUUUUAGUAAAGUCUGCACCGGGAAAUAUCCAACGCAGAGAUGCUGCCAGACGGACGUAUAUAAAAGGGGCAGAAAAUGUUAACCUGCCAGCCAGAGUGGUGUUUAUAUUGGGGGAAUCGGAAUCGCAGGAGGAAAGAGAUGAUGUUUAUAUGGAGUCUGAAACACAUGCAGACAUCCUGAGAGUAGGCUUCCUGGAUCAUUAUUAUAACCUGACUAUAAAGCUCAUUAUGGGGUUUAAGUGGAUGAUUAACUACUGUAGUAGUGAGUUUUUGAUGACGAUGGAUGAUGACGUGGUGAUUGAUAUAGUAACACUGGUCAACGACCUCAACGCGAUACCAAAAUCGGAUCGCUCUCAGAUGGUAAUCGGAACAAGGGGAGUUGGUUAUAAACCACACCGAAACAGUGAAAGCAAAUGGUAUGUACCUGAAGAGUUCUACCCAGAAAAGACGUAUCCCCCCUUUCCAUUUGGACAUGGGUAUGUUAUAUCACAGGAUGUUGUGUUAAAACUGUUUCUGAUUUCCCGAGAAACACCCUCAUUGGUACCGUUUGACGACGUGUAUUGUGGUAUAUUAUUGAACAAGAUGGGCAUCAAAAUUAUUCACCGACCACAAUGGUACAGAGAUCGACAUCCGACAGAGAAAAAUCAUGAUUACUUAAAGAUUGAAGUACCAGCGCAAAACAUGGAUAAAGCUUGGGAGGAGUUUCGAAGAAACUAACAAGUAUGCGGAAGGUUGAAUUUCCUAUAAGUGCAGUACGGGUUAUCAUUGGUUUCGGCAAGAACAAUAUAAAAAUCAAUAGUAACGGUAAGACAUACUCUCCAACGCCUGAUCAGAUAAUUGUAUAAUAUACAUUUUUUUUUAAUUUGUUUAACAAAUUUUCGGCAUUACUCCUAUUUGUUUAAGAUCAGUAUG